AUGUCUAACCUCCCAACCUACACCGGCGGAUGGCAGCGAAUUGGCACAGGUCCAGAAGAUGGGUCCUCGGCUUUGACUUGGAAUGGCAUUAUCCCACUGCCAAAUUUGGGCCCUACCGAAGUAUUGGUCAAAUAUCAUUCACGCUCGAUGAACUACCCCGAAAUCUCCAUUGCUAAUGGUACAUUUCCAUGGCGUUUCCCCGACCGCGUGGUAGUGCCUGGUUCCGAUGGUGCUGGUGAGGUGAUUGGGACAGGCGCUCUUGUUUCAAGCUUCACUGUGGGAGACAAAGUGAUCCUCCAACAUUACCCGGGGUUUCACAACGGACCAGCGCCUCCAAAUAAUCAAAAGAUUCCAGGUACCCACAUGGACGGGACACUCGCGGGGCAUGGGGUCUGGGAUCAAUCGGCGCUUCUUCCAAUGCCCGCAUAUUUAACCUACGAAGAGGCUGCUACAUUACCCUGCUCUGCUCUCACUGCUUGGAACUGUCUCUUCGGACUCACGCCAGUCAAGGCGGGUGACUAUGUGCUCACCCAGGGCUCUGGCGGGGUGUCGGUGUUCGCUAUCCAGUUUGCUUUGAAAGCAGGCGCCAUAGUGAUCGCCACAACGUCCUCGGACGAGAAAUCAGCAAAAUUGCGGGCCUUGGGUGCGCAGCAUGUCAUUAACUACAGGGCUCACCCAGAUUGGGGUGUAAAAGCUCGGGAAAUAGCAAAAAGUAGGGGCGGUUGUCAAAAGGUAAUUGAUAUUGGCGGUGCAGGGACGAUUGAUCAAAGCUUCAAGUGUGUGUCUCGUGGUGGGGAGAUCUCCAUUGUGGGAUUCGUCACCGGAGGUCGCUACAAGGACGGCCCAAACUUACUUUCUCCACUGCUACAAGUAUGCACUGUCCGUGGAGUCGAAGUUGGCAAUCGGCUCCAGUUCGAGGAGAUGAUGCAGUUCAUGGAGGCAUGGAAGAUUCGGCCGGUCUUGGAAGAGCGCCGGUUUGCGCUCAAGGAUGUGAAGGAAGCCUACAAGUACUUCUGGAAAGGAUCGCACGUUGGUAAGAUGGUCAUUACAAAUAGCUAA